UAGUAUUUAUUAUCCUUUCAAGGAGUUGUAUGAUAGAUGCGGCGGAAAUUGGAAGCGGGGGUUUUGAGGUUCUUGCAGUCUGUGGAACAAGCCUCUGGCAUGGUUGAGACACCAUCAGGAAGUAUGCAAAUAACAAUAGGAAAGUAUCACACCUUAGCGAUCAGCAACUCCUCGGUCUAUUCAUGUGGUUCUAGCUUGUGUGGUGCACUUGGUCAAGGGUCUGAAACAACACAGCUUCCAGCAUUGGCCCGAAUCAGUUUCCCACCUUUGGCGCAUGUCACGCAUGUUUCGGCCUCCUAUAACCAUGCAGCUUUUGUUAUGCAAUCUGGAGAGGUAUACACUUGUGGAGAUAAUUCGUAUUUCUGCUGUGGUCAUAGAGAUACAAAUCGAGCAAUUUUCAGGCCACGUCUUGUUGAAUCCUUAAAGGGGAUUCCUUGCAAGCAGGUAAAAUGCAGAUCAUACUUUCAUCAUCACUUUUGUUGACUGAAUGGAAGUUAAUGGUUGGUCCGUAUUACAUGUUCAUAUUAUUUUUACUCUGACAUCUUUUGCUAUAGAUUUUAUCUUGUCUGAUAUUGUUUAAAAUUGUCUAUCAAGUCUUUCCAUGAAGUCUCCAAUAAAAUCCAUUUUAUAAUUCCAAUCAUAGUCACUUAAUUUACUGUAGUAUAUAGAGAGGGUAUUGCGAAUUGGUUUGCAACGGCCAAUUC